UCAAUGAGGUUGGUGCUGUAACCAACGCAACACACUUCGAUGAACUCAUCUAAAAAAUAUAGGCUACAGAACAAAGACUAAUACGUCAAGAGGGGAUAACUGUAGAAUGGAACGUAGCCCAAACCGAUUGUAUAACAAGUUUAAGACGAAAUGACUAUGUCUCCUGCCCGAGUGUUGUGUCGGUUACUUGGCCAUGUUCAGACUCUGUCUAAAGUUAAACGGCCUUUCAACUCCGGACUGGAAAGGAUCCGAGGCAGACAAUUUCAGCACACGACUCCUCAGCCAACAAGUUGUCAAUGGCAGCUUCGUGAUGACUGUCUUGAGCUUAACUAUGGCGGCCUCCUGAUGCACUUUGAUUACGUGUGGUUGAGAGAUCAUUGUCGCUCAGCCUCUUGCUACAACACCAAAACCAACCAGAGGAACCUGGACACAGCUAGCGUGGAUCUGAACAUCCGGCCAGCCAAGACCAGAGUAGAGGAUGAGAACGUGUACCUCACAUGGUCGGACGGCCACAUGACCAAGUACAGCCUGAGCUGGCUGGCCCAGAACAGCUACGAGGGUCAGAAGCAGAGCGCCAUGCAGCCUCACGUCCUGUGGAACUCUGACUUGUACGCCAACGCCAAGGUGCCCUCGGCCGACUGGGAGAAGUUCAUGAGCUGUGACGAGGAGCUGAAGAGCUUCCUGAGGAACUUCCUGCUGUACGGCAUUGCGUUCGUGGAGGGCGUACCUGCCAGCGUGGAGGCCACUGAGAGCCUCGCCCACAGAGUCAGUCUCAUCAGAGAGACGAUGUACGGGAGGAUGUGGGACUUCACCUCAGACUUCUCCCGGGGAGACACGGCCUACACCAAACUGGCCCUCGACCGUCACACCGACACCUCCUACUUCCAGGAGCCCUGUGGGAUUCAGGUCUUCCAUUGCCUGAGGCAUGAGGGAACAGGAGGAAGGACGUUACUAGUGGAUGGAUUCUAUUCUGCUGACCAAGUGCUGAAACAGACGCCUGAGAACUUUGAGCUGCUUGCCAGAGUGCCUAUCAAGCACGAAUACAUAGAAAACCUGAGCAACCACCGCAACCAUAUGAUAGGCAUUGGUCCUGUGCUCAACGUGUAUCCCUGGAACAAUGAGAUUUACAUGAUCAGAUACAAUAACUAUGACCGCGCGGUUAUCAACACAAUCCCUCACAAACUGGUCCAGCAGUGGUACGCCGCACACAGAGAGCUGACCACAGAACUGAGGAGGCCUGAGAACGAGCUGUGGGUAAAACUGAAGCCAGGAAAGGUUAUCUUCAUUGACAACUGGCGAGUGCUGCACGGACGUGAAUCCUUCACGGGGCUGAGGCGUCUGUGCGGCUGCUACCUGACCAGGGAUGACGUGCUCAACACGGCCCGCUCCCUGGGCCUACAGGCCUGAGACGGAACAUGCCAGUCUGCACCACAGCCUGUCCAAUUUCCCUCAACACAUGGCUGGAGGGCCAUGUCCAUUUGACUUCUUUUUCCAUUUAGCAGGCGCAUCUAUCCAAAGACAUGUACACAGUGCAUAUAGAAAGCAAUUAAAUUCACCAUGUGAUACGUGUUGGUCCUGUACUCAAUGUGUAUCCCAGGAACAAUGAGGUUAAAAUGAGCAUGUAUAGAUAUGAUUUUCUGUGCUCUGAUAUGCUAGCUAUGAUCAUUCAUACUGCAGUUCCAGGAACAGAUGUUUCUAACAAUCCUCACUAAUCUUGUGAUUCACAGACACUGUGUUUUUUACACCUGAAAUAGGGAAAUCAACACCCUUGAUUAUUUAAUCACUGAUAAAAAAAAGUGUGAAUGCAUUUCACGGAACUUACUGGUUGAAAUCAAAUAGUUUUGUAUGAUGUAUAGGGUUAGGACAUUUAUAAUGUAAACUGUUGCUCACUGGUGAAAAUAGGAAAUCUAUUUUAUGUGCAUGGACUGCUUAAGUCAGUGUGUGAGAUGUAUUGGGGGCGUCAGGUGGCUGAGCGGUGAGGGAAGCGGGCUAGUAAUCUGAAGGUUGCCAGUUCGAUUCCCGGCCGUGCCAAAUGACGUUGUGUCCUUGGGCAGGGCACUUCACCCUACUUGCCUCGGGGAGAAUGUCCCUGUACUUACUGUAUGUCGCUCUGGAUAAGAGCGUCUGCUAAAUGACAAAAUGUAAAUGUAUUGAAUUAGGACUACUUUAUUUGAAGGUUGUGCACUUUGGAAUUAUGGAACUGAUUUGUGAAGACUGUAAAGCAAUUCACAUUGCUGUUAUGAUUUUGCACCUUCAUUUGAUUAAGAGUAUAUUAUUAGUAAAGUAGUGUGUUCCUUAUUUGCUACUAAUAAAAUUGAAUUAGUCUGCUACCAUUUA